UCUCCCUGUGUUAUGGCGGGGUGGCGGUGGUCUUUGUCUCUCAGGGACGGUCUGGUCUCUAGCAGUUGGGGGAAGAGGCGGCCUAUGGGGGAAGGUCGGAGCCAGGCGGUUGCGAAGAGCGAGGGCUGAGGAACAAGCGUUGGAGGAGGCGCACUCGGACCCCACACUUGGAAAGGGCACCUUGAGCGUGUCUUCUUGGGGCUGUUCCCAGAGAACUGCAUUGAGGAGGAAGAAAUAACCAUUGGACUCUUGAUAUUAGAGCUCCAAUUUAGGAAGAUGAGAGAAUAAAUAAAAUUAUUGCUGCUCCGAGAAAACCUAGGAAAAGAGACCAUGGAGAUUUUGACCUCCUGCCAAGAGGAAAAGGCUCUUCCUUCUCAAGCCCCAGCCCUUUCCCAAGACAGCAAGGACCAGAGCAAGUUCCAGGAGCCCUUGACCCUCAAGGAUGUGGCUGUGGUCUUCACUGAGGAGGAGCUGGGGCUGUUGGACUCUGCCCAGAGGAAGCUGUACCAAGAUGUGAUGCUGGAGAACUUCAGGAACCUGGUGUCUGUGGGUGAGGGGAACUUCUGUGGGUAAUUGACACUGAGUUUAUUGCUGUGUUCUUAUUCCCCGGAAAGAAGAUGUUUAUGGUCUUUAAAUCCUUUUUAAAAUAAAACUUAGUUUGGGCCUGUAACAAA